AUGAGCUGGGGCGGCAGCGGCGAAGGGUGGAGUUGGGCUCCCUUCGUUGAAGGUCCCAGUACUUCCAGGCAGCAGAACCAGCCUCAAGGGCACUAUGGACUUACCUCUCCAAUUAGCUUGGCUCCUCCUAGUGAUAAAGACCACAUCCAUACUCAGAAGCUGAUUGAAGCAAUGAAGCCAUUUGGGGUGUUUGAAGAUCAAGAAGAACUCUAUCAUAGGACAACUGUUCUUGGUAAACUGAAUGACUUUGUCAGAGAAUGGAUUUCAGAGCUUGCUGAAAGCAAGAAUCUUCCCCCUUCAAUAACAGAACAAGUUGGUGGCAAAGUAUUUACAUUUGGCUCCUACAGACUUGGAGUACACACCAAAGGUUCAGACAUCGAUGCCCUUUGUGUUGCUCCCAGUCAUGUGGAAAGAUCAGAUUUUUUUCAGUCAUUCUUUGAAAAACUGAAGAAUCAAGAGGAAGUAAAAAACCUGAGAGCCAUUGAGGAUGCAUAUGUACCUGUUAUCAAAUUUGAAUUUGAUGGCAUUGAGAUUGAUCUCGUGUUUGCAAAGCUGUCUUUGCCAACAGUUUCUGAUGAUCUCGAUCUCAGGGAUGACUCGUGCCUCAAAAGCCUGGAUAUAAGAUGCAUACGGAGCCUAAAUGGCAGCAGAGUUACAGAUGAAAUACUGCGCCUGGUGCCCAAUCUGGAGAACUUUCGGCUCACUCUCCGUGCAAUUAAACUGUGGGCAAAACGGCGUGGUGUUUACUCCAACAUCAUGGGAUUUCUUGGUGGAGUCUCCUGGGCCAUGCUGGUAGCAAGAAUAUGUCAACUCUACCCAAAUGCUUUGGCAUCUACUCUCAUUAACAAGUUCUUCUUGAUUUUUUCAAAAUGGGAUUGGCCAAAGCCAGUAUUGCUGAAACGACUUGAAGAGAGCUUUCUUAAUUUACCAGUCUGGGACCCUAGGGUGAACCCAUCAGACCGGUACCAUGUAAUGCCCAUCAUCACCCCAGCCUAUCCACAGCAGAAUUCCACAUACAAUGUGUCUGUGUCUACACGAGCAGUCAUGGUAGAGGAGUUCCAACGUGGUCUUGAAAUUACAGAUGAGAUUCUCAAAGGAAAAUCAGACUGGUCAAAGCUCUUUGAACCACUGAACUUCUUUCAGAAAUACAAACAUUACAUUGUGCUGACUGCCAGUGCCUUUACAGAAGAGCAUCAUUUAAACUGGAUUGGCCUCGUCAAGUCUAAAAUUCGUGUGCUGGUUGGAAACUUGGAAAGAAAUGAGUUUAUAACUAUUGCACAUGUGCAGCCACAGUCUUUCCCUGGCAAUGAAGUUCUCUAUAAACAGAAUGGCUAUGUAUCAAUGUGGUUUCUUGGCCUCGUGUUUAAGAAAGCAGAAAGUGCAGUAAAGACUAACGUUGAUCUAACACAUGGGAUACAGUCAUUCACAGAUACAGUUUACAGGCAGGCCAGUGCCCUCAACAUCCUAAAGGAAGGCAUGAAGAUUGAGGCAACUUACGUGAAGAGAAAGCAACUCCAUUAUUUUUUGCCAGCAGGAACCUUACAGAAAAGAAAGAAGCAAAGGGUGUCAGAUAAUAGUCAAAAUAAUAGUGGACUUCAGUGCAAAAGGUCUUCUUUAGGUGAAAGCUGUUCGGAUGGUUCUAAAGACAGAGAUUCCAGAACACCCUCUAAUUCCUCUUCAUUAAAUAAGAUAUCUAAGUUGGACAUCUCUACAGCAGAGGCAGAAAGAAAUGUUGAAUGUCAGAGUUGUAGUGGUGCCAACAGUGUAGCUGAGCCAUCCACGUCUAAGGGACUUUGCAUUCCUGUGACUGACCCAAAAAUGGAGGCUACAGUUGCACUAAGAACAUCGGGACCUCCAAUUGGUUGCACCAUUCCAGGAUAUAACACAGUUUGUCAACUCAGAACGUGUUUUGUGCAAGGACAGCAUAAAUUAAGUGGGACUCUAAUCACGGAUCCUAAGAGUGCUUCAACCAAGCAGCAUUAUUCACCAACCUCUAAAGUAUCUCGUCCAACUACAUCAGGAGAGUGCCCCCAAAAAGCCAUAGAUGGAGAAAAGCUAAGCGUGUGGGACUCCGAUUUCACAGAAAGUGGAUACCCUCAAGAUGGGAGGAAAAGAGCUACAAAAAAUGGUGUCCUUGAUGGAAAAUCCAUGCAGAUUCCAGUGAUCACAUCAAGAUCACAGAGGCUUUCCAGUAAAGAACUGCCAGAUUCUUCAUCUCCUGUUCCAACAAAUAGCAUUCGUAUUAUUAAAAGAUCCAUCAAACUUACCCUUAAUGGGGUUUUAAGAAGAAUGUUCAGGGUUUUGAGAAGAACAUUCAGGAAGAAUUUAGGUUACUAGUUUCUCAGACUUGAUCCAUUGGUGAAUUGCACGUCUUAUCUUAAUGUGUCUUGACAUAUAAGGAUGUCAAGUGUGAUGUUAAGUGAUGUCAGUGUUGUCAGGAGUUUACCUGGAUACUGCAAAAGUUGGAUGCUACCCCGGGACUCUGCAGAUUAGAAUUCAGCUGUUUGUAAAUAAAGUUCAAACUU